GCCAUUUUGUUUUGGGCACCAAGCGGGAGUUGGCGGCGCCGGCCGUGGUGGCACAAACGAAGGGAAGGAAAGGGCAGGCCUGACGAGCGGGAGGAGCGGCCGACUAGGUACCCAGCCCGCAAGGAGUGAGCCUCGCGUCAUACCGUUUAAGCAUCUAACCCAACCGCCCAGCUAGUUGACCCGAGCGGGCCCCAUCAGCUCAGGUUCGGCCGGCCCCCGGCCCGCCCGCCGCAGCCGUGGUGGCAGCCCCGGGAGGAGCGCUGGCGUCCGUCUCCUUCGAUUCUCGGGAUUUGAAGAUGGCUGCUCAGUCGGCGCCGAAAGUCGUGCUAAAAAGCACCACCAAGAUGUCUCUAAACGAGCGCUUUACUAAUAUGCUGAAGAACAAACAGCCGAUGCCAGUGAAUAUUCGGGCUUCGAUGCAGCAGCAGCAGCAGCUAGCCAGUGCCAGAAACAGAAGACUGGCCCAGCAGAUGGAGAAUAGACCCUCUGUCCAGGCAGCAUUAAAACUUAAGCAGACUUUAUAUGCAAGUCCGGAGAGUGGCUGUGGAAGGAUAUGUCCAAGCUGUGGCUGGGCGUCCAGAGGGCGGUGCCAUGCAACUGUAAGGACUUUAACUGGUAGCACUGCAUGGCUGUGCAUAGAGUCAGCACUUAUAACACCCACCCCUCACUCUGAACCUUUGGGCUCACUGACUGAAAAUAAGCAAGGCUUUCUGCUUUGUCUACCUUUCAGCCGUGGAGUGGUUAGAUUCAUCCGUGACUCAGGAGAGCAAUAAGCCAUAGGCCCACCGUUUUCCAAGAGUAAAUAAAAUUUAUGACAUCUCUGAUAACGCUGUGCCAGGUCCUUUCAACAGGCUAAUCUCUAAAGCAGCAGCAAACAUCAGCUUCAGCAUUGGUGGGACGCUCUGAAUCUGUUCAGUAACCUGUGUCCUGUAAAGAACUUCCAGUGUGGCUCGUGCGAUGGAGGGGCUUUUUUUCUUUUACUUACAUUAAGGCCAGAUGAAGGGUAUACAGUGGUUAUCUCAGAAUUUAGAAGCAUUAUGAGUUCAAGGCCAACCCAAAUUUUGUUUAGUUUUUGGUUUUUGUUAUUGUUUAGUGUGCUUUUGAGGCUAAUGUCUCAAUAUGUAGCUACUGCUAGCCUGAACUCUAGAUGUAGACCAGGGUGGUCUCAGACUCACAGAAAUGUAACUGCUUGUACCUCCAGAAUACUGGGAUUAAAGGUGUAUGCCACCCACCACACCCAGAUCAAAAACUAAAUUUUUUUUUAAUUUAAGUAUAUAUAUAUGUAUACAUGUGUAUGUGUGGUUAGUAGCUACUUUAUUAUGCAGCACAGCUCUGGAGUAAAAACGGAGUAGUACUAUGAGUAUUCUAUGAGUGUCCAGGAUGGGUAGCAACUAAGGAUGGAGAUGGACUCCCCGCUCUACUGUUCAGGAGAACCAGUAUACUCAGUAAUUGAAUGUGAGAAUGCAGUUGUGACUUCAUAGUUGUGUGCUAGUGUCUGGAGGUACAGUUCAGUGGUAAAGUAUAUGAAUUUCAUGCCCAAGCACCACAAAAAAUAAUUACUGUGGUAAUUGGGGGAGUAACAAGACAGGCCCUUGAGGUCGCUUUCGCCUGCCUGUGCUAAGUGCCUAAUGAUAAGAGCCUUUCUCCUCUAAUUGGGAACAUUUUAAGAUUUUGUGUCUGAAAGCUAAUGUUUCAGCAUGUUUUGCAGAGCUCUUAAUUGAGGGAAAGUGUAUAUGCACAGGCAUUUGUAUAUGUCUGUGUCAUUAGUGUGUGACAGAAGUGGAUUGUGUGCAAGACCAUUUUCAUUAAUAUUGACUGGCUUUAUGGAAGACCAGAAUGCUAGUCUUGGUUAUAUUCGAGGCUGUAUUGUCUCCUUUUCCUUUGAAGAAAUCUAUCUGAGAUGUAAUCUUCAGAGCCUUUGGAGAAACUAAUUAUUGAAAAUUGAUAUAUCUAGUAUGUACUUAUUCUCUGUGUGGUCCUUUGUGGUUAAUAGAUUACUUGUUUUAAUUUUAACAUGAAUUUAACUUACUCUCUAUGAAAAUACAUUUGGAUUGUGUGUUCAAGGCCAUUCUUCUGGCUUAAGGAAACUGUUGGCAAUGGGAAAUGUGGAAUUUACAGAUUUUUAAGAAAUGUAAGGAGAGGAUUGUUGAUUUUGUUUGUUUGUUUAUUUGCAUCUUAAGGUAAAAAAAUAAAAUAAAAAGGAUCGUUUGGAGAUAGAUACUCAAAGGAAAACUGGAGCACACUGGCCUCUUUGACUCAGAAGCCAAUCUUGUCCUUAAGUCUCAGGAAUUCAAGUGAACUUGUAAUUUAAGUUUACCAGAAUGUGAUGCACUUCCAGUGGUGUGUGAGUAAGCCUUUCCAAACAGUGUAGUUCUUGGGCAGGUAUGGAUGAAGACACGUCAUUGUCAACCUGUGGCUAAAAAGCAUCAGGUUUGCAGCUACUGCUGUGUGACUUGAGUAGUCAUUUUAGUAAGGUUGUCUGCGCUCGUGCCAGUGUUGUACACCAUGCUAGAACUUCUAGAGCUUUUUUUCUGGAUCAGAAUUCUGCUUUAUCCGUAUUUUGAGGUAAAUAAAGUCUUUUUUGUUUGGGAUUCUAUGUUACCCACAACAGGCUUCUACCCUCCACACCAGGUGCCUCACUUGCCUCUUUUGUCCCUGUACUUUAAACUGCCUAAUCCCACUGAAUUGCUUUUUGUGAUCUCAAUCCUCUAACACCUUUUU